AUGCUUUUCUGGGGUCUUGAAAUGGCUUUGAGUACCGUGCUAUCAAAUCCCCUGCCAGCGGCUGCGGGGUUUGUUGCCUGCAUCUUUAUAUUAGCGCGGCUGCUUCGCAGGGAUACUUUGAUCAGGCCUGCCAUUGGACACUACCAAUGGGAUACGAGUGUUGCAGGCUCCCGCAAGAAACGUUGGAUGUGGGAUUCUCUGAGGCUGCUGCGCGAAGGAUACGCCCUGUUCCAAGACAGGCCCUGGCAGGUCUGGACCUCGGAGGGCGACCAUGUGGUUCUCCCACCUGAAACAGUCGACGAGCUGAAAAUGCUUCCGGACCAUACGUUGUCGUCAUCCCUGCGAGAGUUCAUGCUACCGCAGUAUACUUUCAAGCCCUUCGCAUCCUGGAAGCUGGACUAUGUCAAUCAUGUUAUUCUCCACGACUUGAACAAGAAUAUGGCGAAAAUCUUCCCUGGUAUGAGAGAUGAGGUCGGUACCGCACUCCCAUUGGAAAUUCCUACAACCACUGAAUGGACCGAGAUCGAUAUUUCCGCGGUUUUCCUUCGCAUCAUCUGCCGUGUUAGCGGAAGAGCAUUCGUUGGUACAGGGCUACAUCGUAGCGAGGAAUGGAUCAACAUCAGCUGCAACUACACCAAGGAUCUUUUCCUAGCCGCCCUCAAGCUACGCGCCGUGCCAUCAUUCCUGCGACCACUGCUGGCGCUAUUCCUCCCUGACCUCCGUCGAGUAUACCGGCACAACGAUCGUGCCCGAGCCCUCAUCCAGCCGAUCCUCCAACAGCGCGAGAAUGAUGCAGAUGCCGUGUCCGGAUACGUAAAACCCAAUGACACCAUCCAAUGGAUUCACGACUUAAUCCCUGAAGGGGACCGGAAGGAUUAUGCAUAUCAAGGCGCGGCCCAAUUGGCUAUCACAGCGGUAUCGGUGCAAUCGACGAGCAAACUGAUAGUCAAUAUUCUCUUGAAUCUCAUGAAGUACACGGAUUAUGUGCCCAUCCUCCAGGACGAAAUCGAAUCGGUCCUGGCUGAUUGCGGGGGCGCCUGGACGCUGGAGAGCAUGGGUCGCUUAGAAAAGCUCGACAGUUUCAUGAGAGAGUCUUUGAGAUUCGAGCCUCCGUUAACUGCAACAUUUCAACGCCGAGCAAUGAAGCCAGUCAAGUUAUCCAACGGGUCUUGUCUUCCUCAAGGAACACUCGUGCUAGCUCCUGCAGAUGCUAUUGCUUUCGAUCCCAAUUUUUACCCUGACCCAGAAACCUUUGACGGACUGCGCUUUUACAAAUUGCAAAAGCAACAGCAAGGACUCAAGGUCCGUCAUCAAUUCGUUGCAACAGGUAAAGCGCAAGUGCAAUUUGGGCUAGGGCGACACGCAUGCCCCGGCAGAUGGUUUGCCGGCCAUGUUAUUAAAAUGGUCGUGGCGUCCGUGCUGCUGGGCUACGAUUUGAAGUUUAGGGAUGGCGAGGAAAAGCCCAGCACGUUCCUCUUUCAGACCACUAAUAUGCCGCACCCCAAGACAAGGAUUUUGAUAAAGAAGAAGGGCGGGGAAAGUCUAGCUAGCAAGCAUCACAUUUCACUUGUGGUCUAG